CCUCAGGUGACGCGUGCGCGCCACACUCACCUCCGCGUGCUCACAACACAAUCUCCUGCAGUUUGUGUUUAUCACUGGACUCGUGUAGCCUAAACGCUAAAAAUAAACGCCAUAAUACACUUCUCACUAGAAAUGCACACUAGAAUACAUAGUAGACACUAAAACGUGUAAAAUACACAAUGCGUCUUUUAUAGGGUAUACAAUCUCACUUAUUUUCCAGCGUUUCGUCUAAGCGUUUUAUUGAGGAAAACAAACGGAACUUACAUUAACAGUCGCCAAAAUCUUGGACGCCACUUCGUCGAGAACAAGAAGAAAAAGCCAAUUACCUCGUGAGGAAGAAAGAAGUGCCCCUGAUACCCCGCGCACGUGCGCCGUGAUUACCCCAAACACAGUGACCCGGACAGAGAGCUGAACUCUUUUACCCCUCUACCUGUGAAACUCUCAGCAUGCCGGUUUCUUACGUUUUGUGAUUACAGUUGAAAAUCCGGAGGUAUCGCAUCAGAGGUCAAAGUGAGGGGCGCACGGUGCCGCGUCCUGGUGUGAUCCACUUAUUGAUCUCGCCUGCUUUUGAUUGAUCCUCAUCUCAAUAUCCCUUCAUUAAAGCAUGCAGUUAGAAAGCAUCCUCCCUGGUGCAUCUGUCAACUUACCCAAGACUUUCUACAACCUGUCCACGUCUUCAGAGAGCACCAACAACAGCCCGGGGUCAACACAGAUCGACUUCCAGGAGAUGGAUCGAACGGAACCCGAGCAGAAAAAGUUCCUGAGCGGUGGGAGCGCGCUGCUGGAUGAGGGUGAGAGUGAGACAUUUGCCGGGAAUAAAGCAUCGGGAGACGGGAGGAAAAGUUCUCCAGUAAUCUCCAGUGGAGAUGAUGACCUCUCUAGCGCCCGCCGGUACAACAUUGACGAACUGGGCACUGAUCGCUAUUUCAUAUCUUCAACCCAACCGAGCUCCGACGUGACCAAUCCGUGCUCACUCUUCCCGUACGGAGGUCAGACCGGGUCGGUGUACAGCGGCUCUAACGGCUCCAGGUAUUCUUCGUCUCUGCAUUACGGGUCGGUUCUUCCACCCGCCGGCUUCUCAUCUGCCGUGUGCGCCAGUCGUAGUCAGUUUGGAAGCGGGUAUCAGUUCGCACAGGGUCCCGGUUGCCUCUAUCCGUCAUAUCCCGGACCGGGCUCCAGUUUGAGCUCGAUGCCCAUCCCGGGUUCGGGCUCGGCGGCGAGGGCGCAAGUAUACCUGUGUAACAGACCCCUGUGGCUAAAAUUUCACCGACAUCAAACAGAGAUGAUUAUCACCAAACAGGGCAGGAGAAUGUUUCCCUUCCUGAGUUUUAAUAUAACUGGACUGAACCUGACCGCACAUUAUAAUGUGUUUGUGGAAAUUGUUCUGGCCGACCCGAACCACUGGAGAUUUCAGGGCGGAAAAUGGGUCACCUGCGGGAAAGCAGACAAUAACAUGCAAGGAAACAAGGUUUAUGUUCACCCAGAAUCACCAAACACAGGCGCACACUGGAUGAGACAAGAAAUAUCAUUUGGCAAACUGAAACUGACCAACAACAAGGGUGCAAAUAACAACAAUACUCAGAUGAUUGUCCUGCAGUCCCUGCAUAAGUACCAGCCACGGCUGCACAUCGUUGAGGUGACAGAGGAUGGUGUGGAAGACAUGAGCAACGAAGCUAAAACGCAAACCUUUACAUUCCCAGAGAACCAGUUUAUUGCUGUAACCGCUUACCAGAACACAGACAUCACACAGCUCAAGAUCGACCACAACCCCUUCGCUAAAGGCUUCAGAGAUAAUUAUGAUUCGAUGUACACGGCUCCAGAGAGUGACAGACUGACCCCCUCUCCUACUGAUUCUCCACGGUCACACCAGAUUGUCCCCGGUGCCCGCUAUGCUAUGCAGCCCUUCUUCCAAGACCAGUUUGUGAACAACCUGCCGCAAAAUCACCGCUUCUAUGGCAGCGAACGUGCUGUGCCGCAGACCAACGGCCUGCUGUCCCCUCAGAGCGAGGACUCUGCUGCGAGCUCUGCCUCUGCCCAGCGCUGGUUCGUGGGCCCCGUCCAGCAAAGCGGAGGUUCCACCAAACUUGACCUGUCCUACGACGGCGAGUAUUCGGCCUCCAGCCUCCUGCCCUAUGGCAUUAAGCCCUUGCCUCUGCAGAGCCCUCACGCUCUGGGCUAUUACCCCGACUCUGCCUUCGCUUCGAUGGCUGCCGGAUGGAGCAGCAGAAGUUCGUAUCAGAGGAAGAUGACCACCGGCCUGCCCUGGUCACCUCGGCCGAGUCCUCCCGCGUACGCCGACGAUCUGCUCUCCUCAAAAGACAAGCUACAGGACGACAGCUCCGGGGCGGCCCCGGCAACCGCCUCUACCGGGCCUUGGAUGGAGACCCCGCCGGUCCUCAAAGUGGUAGAUUCCGGGGACGCCGGUGGAUAUGCGGCGGCGUGCAAGAGGAGGCGCGUUUCACCUGGAGGUUCGAGUACAGACGCUUCACCCACUAUAAAGUGUGAGGACUUGAGCUCUGAGGAGUACAACAAAGAGAGUCAUAAAGCUAUGGGUUAUUAUGCCUUCUAUACAAGCCCUUAAAGACUGCUGAUGAUUCAGAUCAUUUAUCAAUUCUCUCUCAUAUUUUGUUUGAAGUGUUCUGCCCAUGUUGUGUUUUAACCCUUUUAACCUGCAGGUGCCAAAGCUCCGUGCCACACCCACUCCCCAGUGCUUGUUCAGUUUUUGCUUAUUUGUGAAACAUUUUGGGGUUUUAAUUUUUUCUUCAUUUUUAAAGCAUGCCCUUAAAUUCUGCUUUUAAUCUUAUUUUUCUAAAAAAAAAAACCUUUUGCGGUUUUUCCUUUUAUUUAAGACUCUGUUGUACAGUAUUUGUGCACUUUAGAUUGUGAUGUAUCUUGUACAAAUGUUCUCAUGGCACUGUUAUGAAAGGUGGAAUAAAAUGUGCUUUUCAUACUA